AUGAAGCCGCGGGAGUUGAUGAAGGAGCUGGACUGCUAUAUUAUCGGCCAGAUGGACGCGAAAAAAGCCGUCGCGGUGGCGCUGCGGAACCGGUGGCGGCGCCACCAGGUCGCGCCCGACAUGCGCGAGGAGAUCGCGCCGAAGAACAUGCUCAUGAUGGGCCCGACAGGGGUGGGCAAGACGGAGAUCGCGCGGCGCCUGGCGAAGCUCGUCGACGCCCCGUUCGUCAAGGUCGAGGCCACGAAGUUCACCGAGGUCGGCUUCCACGGCCGCGACGUCGAGAGCAUCAUCGAGGACCUCUACAAGACGGCGCUGAACCAGACCAAGCAGAACAUCCGCCGCCAGCAUAACCAGGUCGCGCAGAUCAAGGCCGAGGACCGCAUCCUCAAGGCCCUGGCGGGGGUCUCGGACGGCUUCCGCGAGCACCUCCGCAGCGGCGCCCUCGACGACAUCGAGGUCAUGGUCGAGCUCCAGGAGAAGAAGGAGAAGCCGAAGUCCGCCUCCGGGGACGGCGUCUUCAUCUCGCUCGACAUCCCCUCCAUCAUCGGCGGGGGCCAGCGGGUGCAAAUGGAGAAGAAGGUCCUAAAAAUCAAGGACGCGAUGCCGGCGGUCCUGCAGGAGGAGCUGGACAAGAUGGUCGACACCGAGGACGUCACGGCCGAGGCGCUGCGCGCCUGCGAGGAGGACGGCAUCGUCGUCAUCGACGAGAUCGACAAGAUCGUGACGGCCGCCGGGGGCUACAAAGGCCACCAGGCCUCCGCCGAGGGCGUCCAGCAGGACCUCCUCCCCCUCGUCGAGGGCACCACCGUCUCCACGAAGUUCAACGUGCAGGUCCGGACGGACAAGAUUCUCUUUAUCUGCAGUGGCGCCUUCCACAGCGUCAAGCCGUCCGACAUGCUGGCCGAGCUCCAAGGCCGCCUCCCGAUCCGCGUCGAGCUGCAGUCCCUCACGAAGGAGGAUUUCUACCGCAUCAUCACCGAGCCCAAGUACAACCUUAUUCUCCAGCACAAGGCGAUGAUGGCGACCGAGGGGGUGCUGCUCGACUUCACCGACGACGCGCUGUGGGAGAUCGCGCUGAUGUCGGCGCAGAUCAACUCCACCGUGCAGAACAUCGGCGCCCGCCGCCUCAUCACGAUCAUCGAGAAGGUCGUCGAGGAGAUCAGCUUCGACGGCCCGGACCGCAAGGGCGAGCACUUCGUCAUCGACGCGGCCUACGUCAAGAAGGCCGUCGAGCCCAUGGCGAAGAAGACCGAUAUUAAGAAGUUCCUCUUGUAG